CAAGCGGGUUUUGUUGAACUUCGGCUGCAAAGCAUACGUCGACUGAACUUCAUGAAUAUUAAUUAGAUUGCACUGCUAGACUCGGAAGGUUUCUACGCAGGCCGAGUAUGUUCUAAUUAAUAUUCAUGAGCUGUGUUUUCGCCGUAGUAGGCUUCGUCGGAACCGAGCACAGCUCUCCAGUUGCAGUUAUGGCGGAGCCUUCAUCGCGGCGAGAUGAUGAUGAGUGGGAUGAUUUCAACGAAUUCAAGAGCGGAACGGGGCGGAAGAUUCAUCUGGAGCGGGCUCGUGUGAACGCAGAAGAGAUGUCGCUGCUGCUGGAUGGGGUUUCUGUCACCGAGCACGCGUUUGAGACGAGCCCUUACACACAGGACAUCAUCACACACUUCGACGAGAAGUUACAAUUAUGCUUCCAAAAUGUAAACCCUAAACCGGACGCAAUAAAUCCAGUUUUGCCGAUAAAUGAGGAUACGAGCCUCAGAUGCGAUGAGAUCUGGAAGGCUCUCACAGAUAACUACGGCAGUGUCAUGCCGGUGGACUGGAGUCAGUCUAAAGCUCGCUCGCUUCACCUCUCAGCGCUGAGCAUUGAGGACAGACCGCGGAUGGAGAGUGUGAACCUGGACCUGUCUGAUGAUGAGGACCUGAGGGAGCAGAUGGACACACACUCCAUCAUCGUGUCCUGCAUCAGCGAGGAACCGCUGCUCACUGCUGAACAGGUGAUUGAGGAGCUAGAGGAGCUGAUGCAGGACUCCCCAGAGCUGGAAUCAGAGCGGAUGGCUCCACACUCAGAUCUCUCGCUCGUCUCUCACAGCAGCCGGACGGACGAGGAGCGUGAGUACGUCCCUCUGGGGCUCAGCUGUGGGGCUGUGGAGGCGUGUCUGACUCUGAGGUGUGCUCUCUGUGCAGGAGUGAGGCUGAUGUCUGCGCUGGAGCUGAACGUCCAGCUGGAGGACGUGGAGACGGCCAUACGCAGGUAUUCAGAGGAGCUCAUCCAGCAGCUGGCCGUCAGAGAUGAGCUGGAGUUUGAGAAGGAGGUGAAGAACAGCUUCAUCUCGGUACUCAUAGACGUACAGAACCGGCAGAAGCUCCACAGAGAGAUGCUGAGAAAGAAGAGGAAAGUGAAAAACACGUCUGGAUCAGAGAGACUGCCGUCUUCUCGCUUCAGCGUGGAGGGAAUCUCUUCUGCCAUUCAGAAUGGCUUUCGUCACACUUUUGGCAAUGUGGGUGGGGAGAAACAGUACGUAACAACAGUCAUCCCUUACGAGAGAAAAGACGGACCGCCGUCACUCCCAGACCUUCAGAUCUUCACCAAAAUUUUAGAAGCCAUGAGAGAUGACAACGAGAAAGUCCCAAGCCUCCUCACAGACUACAUCCUCAAAGGUAGCAACAGGAACAAAACAGUCAGAAUUGCGAGAUGAUAUCUGUGUGUUUUUAAGCUUAUUUAUGGUGCUUUCUUUUGCACAUUUUGAUUCAAAUUUAGAGAUCUGACAGAUUACAAUUCUGCUGCCUCCUGUUUGCUCUGUUUAUUUCUGAAUGACACACCACGCUGGUAAUGAAUAGUGAUCGUGUGUACCGUUUGCACACUUAAUUGACGCCCUAAGUAAUCAUCAUGAGAAGUGCCCUUAAUGUAGAAUUGUUAUUUUGCUCUGCUCACAUUUAAGCUGUUCACUGUCUGCAUGGCGUCUUCUCUUCUGUUGCUGUGAGGUUUGUAAGAGAUGUCGUUACUGAGUAAUGAUGAGCAUGUAGAUCACACUGUGUCUGUGUUUGCUGUAUAAUGUGUCGACCUGCCGUGGCAAUAGCAACAGAUAGCCUUCACUGCUGAGUGACUGAGACUACGUCCACACGAACCAGAGCUUUCCCUAUCCGAUCUUUUUUAUUCCCUCCUCUCAAGAAAUAUCUGUGUCCACACGAAACCACAAAACUGACACAAAACAAUAUAGUAUACAAGCCAGACCAGCAGGUGGCGCU